CUGUAGGAGGACGUUCGCGGUUGUCACCCUCCUGAGAGAUUCUUUACGAGAGAGGUUUUUGCCCGUUGGCAGGAGACCCCUCCUCCCCUGCCUAACCUUCUUUGCGAUCUCAGGGAGGCCCGACCAGGAAUCUUUCUCGGUCUUUGGUUGCGCCCCAUUUCUCGUGUACCCACCGUAGUCUCUCUCGUUGAUGGCUUGAUUGUGAAGUAGAAGUGAUUGGGUGGGUGUGAGUGCACGAUCUCAUUGGCGACGGAAGACGUUGGGCGAGUGCUGCUGCAGUCCAGAAUCUAUUAGCCGGGGCAGAGGUCGUGGAAAAAGGGUACGAGGUGAGUGAGAGGUGAUAAAGGGGAAGAAGAGAGUCGUCGACGGAGAUGAAGAUCACCGCGCUGUUACUGCUUAAAUCAACUGAUAGCGCGCAGGAAGCGAUCCUGCUUGGGUCAGUGUCAGAUGUGAGCAAUUUUGGCUACUUCCAGAGGGCGAGUGUUAGGGAGAUGAUAGUAUUUGUCUCCAGAACGAUUGCAAAGAGAACGCCAAUUGGAAGGCGGCAGAGCGUGGAGCACGAGGAGUAUAUGGUCCAUUGCUACAACAGAAAUGGACUCUGCGGUUUGGCGUUUGUGGACCGAGCAUACCCUCUCCGUAGUGCCUUUUCAGUCAUAAAUAAGGUACUGGAUGAGUACCUGCAAAGGCAUGGGGAUGCAUGGACGUCAGCAACUGCAGACAACAAGGAUCCCGCACCAGGAUGGUUGGAAGAAGCCCUGCGCAAAUACCAGGACCCAGUGGAGGCCGACAAGCUUAUGAAGAUUCAGCGUGAUCUUGAUGAAACGAAGAUUAUUUUGCACAAGACUAUUGAUAGCGUGUUGGCACGUGGUGAGCGGUUGGACUCGUUGGUGGAGAAGAGCACUGAUCUGAGCAUGGCAUCACAGGUAUUCUACAAGCAAGCGAAGAAGACCAACCAGUGCUGCGUAAUCCAGUGAAGGUCACCGGUGUUGCACCAUGACGAAGACUUGGGAAGUGAAUGUGUACCAGUGCCUCACUGGCGAGGCUCGUCUUUGUUCUAUUGUCUUCCAUGCGUAUUGGAAGGGGAAUCAGGCAUGUUCAUUGCAGCAGUACUCCUGAAGCGGAAUACCAGUCUGCGAUCUGCUGUGUAGUGUGGAUUUUUUUUCAAAGUAUUGCUGAUCUCUUGCAGAAAGUGUUCAUCAAAAACUAUGUCAUACUUGCACUCAGAGGAUAGCAUUCGGGUAUAUUAUUAGACACGGUAGUGGAUUACCUCACAUUCUUUCUGUAUUCGGAAAUGUGACCUCCGCACAGUAUGCCUGCUUUGCAAAGGUUUGCGUCAACUCCGUUAUCCUUCCAUUGUUCCAAGAUACGCUGACUAGUUGAUGAUGAAAGUUGUGUUGCGGCUGAAGGCAGCCCUUACUGGAUUACGGCCCUUACUGGAUUACGGGUUUGUGAUCAUCACCAGAUGCUAACUGGUGGUGCUUUAUCAUAUGGUAUUCAGUAUCAGCCGCUGAAUUGAAGAUGAUAACUGUUGGAUGUGUGUGUAAGUUGGCUUGGUGCAGUGAAGCCUGACCAUGAGCAUGUCCUGGCACGAAAGGUCCAGGGUUUACUAAUGUUUCGGUGAUGAAGAUUGUGGGAAGCGCUAGGUGAUGUGGAAAAAGGGACUGGUUCAUUCUCAGGCAUGCUGGGGAAAAACUUAUAUGUUGCACUGCAGCUGUGAAUCCUUGAGUGCAGCACCGGUUGCUUACCAGGGUGCUCCUGCCGGUAGUUGCUGUCAUGAUGGGUCGGCGUCGUCGGGACAUCGAUCCCGUGAUCAUGGUCGUGUGCCUAUUCUUGCUGAUGUUGCGGAUCUCACCUGAAGGUCUGAAACACAGGGGAGGAGGAUGCGUAUCAUAGGGGACGGCAAACAACCCCUUCAUGGUGUAGGGGCAUGCCACCAUUGAAACCUAAAACACCAUUUAUUAGUUAAGGAGCCGUGCCCGCUUGGCAGCAUUCCUCGUUUAUUGAGUGGAGCGCACAGUGGGUUUGCUGAGAUGUCGUGUAUUGACCUCCCCCCUUGUCCUCCCUAUCCUUCUAUGACUGACAUUUAGGUGCAUAUUAAACUGGGAAGGGUUAUUUCUUCUUUCUGUGAUUUCUGCCCAUUUGUAUAGACUCGCUCUCGAAGGCUACGUGGAUACAUGGAUACGUGGAUAAGCAACUGAGUGGUAAAGGUGCUGCUAUCUCAUGUCACACACUAUUUCUUGAUGCUCUGACAGAUGUGACCAAAUCAGCGGGUACCGUUUUCCGGUGCGCUACUCGGCGUCUAGAGGCCCAAUGUGACCAAAUCAGCAGGGUAAGAGACUUGUGGAUUGUAAUGGCGGGGUGGCUUGCUGAUCUCAUGUUGACACCUUUUGGUUGAAGUGUCCGUUCUGUAAAUUUCAUAUCAUCGGGCAUUUCGGGAAAAGUUUGAGGAGGAACUGCUGGUGAUUUGUUGUGAUUCUGCUACAGUGGUAAAUGGACGUGCCCAAAGUAAAAUUCAGCUGCAUUGGCAGUAUUCCAUUAUUAGUGUCCUUGAUGUGCGUGUUGGACUGCUUCGAUGCAUUCAGCUGCCGACCAUGCCAGUUGGUGCAAGGCUACGUGUUUGGAUGUUCGUCUUUCUUUGCUUUCAGUGUCUUGUUUUCGUCUCGGCUUCUCGGCUUCCUCAGUGAACGGUUGCACAAGAUUGCAUCACAAAUGCAUUAGACUAUAGUAGAAAAUUUCACAGAAAUCGCAGCCAUAGGGCCAGUUCUGCACUGCUUGUUCUGUGCGGGCAACAUCUGCAAGGGAUGAUCACUGCCAUCGUUAAGACGGAUGGUUAGCAUGUCACUCGUACUGUGCAAGCUUUUGUGCUGUGACAGGGUCAUCCUGGGGGCUGCGAUUUCGGGGCAGGUUUUGGGGUGUGUGUCCCGAAUGACAGAUGUCCAACAAUGGCAACUACAUG